UCGGAGAGCGUGCGCGCGUUGCAGGCUGCUCUAGAGGGUCUCUGGCUUUAUUCCUUCCUUCCAGCACUUCCCAACCUCAUUGCUCAGUAUGAAGGCGCUCAGCCCAGUUCGCGGCUGCUACGAGGCGGUAUGCUGCCUGUCGGAACGCAGCCUGGCCAUCGCGCGGGGCCGUGGCAAGAGCCCGGCCGCCGAGGAGCCGCUGAGCCUGCUUGACGACAUGAACCACUGCUACUCGCGACUGAGGGAACUGGUACCCGGAGUCCCGCGAGGCACUCAGCUUAGCCAGGUGGAAAUCCUGCAGCGCGUCAUCGACUACAUCCUCGACCUGCAGGUGGUCCUGGCCGAGCCGGCCCCUGGGCCCCCAGACGGCCCGCAUCUUCCCAUCCAGACAGCUGAGCUCGCUCCGGAACUUGUGAUCUCCAACGACCAAAGGAGCUUCUGCCACUGACCUGGCCCGCCCUGGCGCCUCCAGAACGCAGGUGCUGGCGCCCGUCCGGGACCCCGGGACCCUCUACGGCCGGAAGCCCGAGGGCAUGGAUGGGCCUCAACCUUGCCCUGCCCACUUGACUUCCCCAAACCCCUGCCUCGAGGCUGGACCUGCGCCCGGGAGCGAAGGACUGUGAACUUGGGUGGCCUAAAGAGCCGGCGCUAGCUCUGGGCACCAGCUGGGCAACCUCCCCCAGCCCUCACCCCACUCCCAAGUUUUAAAGACUGUCUUUCAGUGUGUGGAGGUGUACGGGGUUGGGGGUGGGGGCUGGCUGUUCUCCAAAUUCUGCCUUGGCCAAGGCAGCAGUAGAGCUGGUCUUCUGGUCUCCUUGGAGAAAGACUCUGUUGCCCUGAUUAUGAACUCUAUAAUAGAGUAUUUAGCUUUUGUACCUUUUUUGCAGGAAGGUGACUUUCUGUAACCAUGCGAUGUAUAUUAAACUUUUUAUAAAAGUUAACAUUUUGCAUAAUAAACGGUUUUUAAACA